AAUGAAUAUGCCAAACUUUUAGAUGUGAAAAGAGGCGUGUUCUUAAAUUUACUUGAUAAUUUAUACUUGGACGGCCCGACCUCACUGUUUAUGGAUCGCUUAUUUUCUUACGAAUUCUCUGAUCCUCAACUACGCAUCGCUAUCGAGUUUCUUAAGUCGGUUUUCAAUCGAGCAGAUGUCGCUUAUCACCUUGAAGAGAACAACAUUUCAAAGCCGGUGUUUCUAGCAAUCAUAGCAGUCCAUGCUAACUUUUGGAAUAAAGGAAUUGGUAGCGCUCUUUUGGACAAGUGGUUAGUUUCACUUUUUUACCUUUUCGCCACGUAUUGUUUAUUUCACGUAGCUCAUGCUAGGUUCUCGAAUAGCAUCAUAAUUUUCUUCUAG